CCUGAAUUGUAGAACUUUUAUGUAUAUUAUAAUAUGUACUUGUAGACAAUUAAGGUUAUAUCACGAAGUAAUAAUUAUUAUUUUUUAAAUCCCACACUAUAAUGUAACACUGAUUACACAAUAUUUCAGAGAAGUAAAAUACUGUACAGUAAAAUCCAAUACCACCGCCUAAUAUCUGCACAUUUUAAAUAUCUUGACCAGAACAUAGUAGGGAACUCCUCAAGUCAGAGAGGACAGGACUAUAAGGAGCAGCCAUGGAGGACAAGACAAAAGAUCUGUUCAGUCGAGUUGCAGGGAGAUUGGGCUGGUCCCAACAUGGUGGACUCAACACAACAGAGAAAGAGCUGCUGAGGAGCAUUGGGAAAAAAAGAAGGCCUGCCCUGCUUAGCCCGGAUUCUGGGGGUGAGGAGUAUAAACCCACCUUUCCCUCAGUAAUGUCCUUGUUUCCCAAGCUCCACCUCUCAGACUCUGACAGCGAGAGGGGAAGCUCUUCUGACAAGGAGAACCAAAAGGUGACAGAAGCACCCAGCUGCAAGGGGCAUCGCCUGGCCCAGGCUGAGCUUGACUCGAACGAGGAUGAGGAGUUUGAUAAGUUCCUGAUUGAGAAGGCAACUCCCAAAAUUGCCCGAAAGGCCACGUGCCGACCACAGAAGGCAAACAGUCCCUGUGUUAUGAUUGUGAACUCUGACAGUGAUGGGAGUUUUGAGGAGUUUCUGAGUCGAGUACAAACUCCAAGGACAAAACCUUGUCCAUCUGCACAAAGCACUGCUGACAACAGCUUGAAAGCCUUUAUUGUGGAUAACUCCUCUGAUGAUGACUUUAUUUUAGAAAAGAAAAAGACAGUAUCUACUAAAGGCCACGGGAGCACUCCAGCCAGCCAAUUGAAGACAAAAGAGUGCCCAACAAAGUGGGAGUCUCCUGUGUUUCUCAGUGACAGUGACAGCGAGGAGGAGGGAGUUGUGAUCAAGAGCACAUGGAAGCUACGGCACCAUAAGAAAGAGGCUCCUCUGGGCACAGACACUCUCAGGGGCCACUCUGAAUCUAAAAGCACAAGGGAACAGGGGCCGAAGAAUCAGGAGCAAGGGGCCCUUCAGAGAUCUGGGUCCCUCAAGUCCAGCACCUCGCUGUCCAAAUUAGAGUUUCCACUGCGGGAAGCAAAGAGUGUGCACCCGGUCUUCAGUCCAAGAACGCCCCAGGUUGUGUUUGACAGCUCAGAGAGCUCAAAUGACGAGUUUGAAUCGCUGAUGGAGAGGAUAAAGCAGAAGAACCGAGGUCUUGGCUCCCAUUCCUCGCUUGUUGGAUCCGCUCCCAGUACUGAAUCUAAAAACAACCACAAUAAGCCCUCAUUUAGGAUCCCAUCCCAGAAACCAAGGAAUGGUAAACGGCUGGGAUCUGCUCCAACCACCAGGGAAAUUGUCUCCAUUCAGACUCCUGUCCAGCCUGCAGGGAGAACUCUUGUGGUCAGUCUGACUGAGCCGAGGGCACAACACAACAUCGGCAGUUUCAGAAACCCACAGUGUCGAACAGUAGGCUGUUUCCUUCAUGAUCUCUCAAACCCAAGCUCUUCCUAUGUCAAGGGAUUCAAACAGAAGAGGGAGGAGCUGAGCAAGCGGUUAUACGUUCUCUACAACUCCAGUAUCUUUGAUUGCAAGCUCCCUGGGGACAUGGAGGUGACCUGGAAUAAGAAGAUGAGGAAGACUGCAGGGUACUGCGUGACAGGGCAGCGGCGUGGAGUCGAGGUGCAGAGAUAUGCACGCAUAGAGCUCUCUGAGAAAGUGUGUGAUUCUGCAGAGCGCCUGCGGGACACUCUGGUCCAUGAGAUGUGCCAUGCAGCCACCUGGCUGAUUAAUGGUGUUCGGGAUGGACACGGGCAGUUCUGGAAAUUGUAUGCCAGGAAGUCGACGGUGGUCCAUCCCGAACUGCCUAUGGUGACGCGCUGCCACAGCUACGAGAUCAACUACAAGUACCAGUAUGAGUGCAGAAAGUGCAAAAACAAAAUUGGCCGCCACUCCAAGUCCCUGGACACACAACGCUUUGUGUGUGCUCUCUGCACUGGCCAGCUGGUCCUGUUGACAUCUCAGAAGAAUGCAACUCCUGUCAGAACUGAGCUCAACCCUUUUGCUGCCUUUGUCAAGGAGAACUACGGUUCGACCAAAAAGGAGUUGGUUGGGAUGAGCCAUGGAGACGUCAUGCGUAAACUCAGUGCUGACUUUGCCUCCAAGGCUCGUCUUUGAGUCUUAAGCAUUGUCUUAACUCGCUGCAUAGUGGCUAGUUUGGUUCUUUGCCCUCCCAUGUUUUCAAGGAAGUGCAGCUAUCUGUGGGAGGCAGCUUAUGAACAACUCCCACUCCCACAGAAAGAGGACAUUUGGCGAAAGAGUUUUCUUCAGAGAUGAAUUUUGAAAUGCAGCAUUUAACUGCAUUAAAACAUAAUAGUGAGCCCUCAUACGAACUUGUGUAAUAACCCUCCAUUUAAACUCAAAGGGAAAGACGGUUUGUUUUUGUAUAAGGACAAUGGUGGAAAAUGUUUUGUGACAGAGCCAGUCAAUGUUUAUACUGUGAAUGUGUGUUUUGUCAGUGUUUUUCUAUUAAUCUUUAAAGCUGUUUUAGUGUUCUUGUUGGGAGAAGCCCUUUUGUAGCUGUGUUUUACAUGUUGUUGAACUCCAAUAAAAUAUGAUUUUAUUUAA